AUGGCAGAAGGAGAGACAGAGUCACUUGGGCCCAAAAAACCUGGUCCAUAUAUCUCAUCUGUCACUAGCCGGAGUGUGAACUUGAUGAUUCGAGGAGUAGUGCUGUUUUUUAUUGGAGUAUUUCUUGCAUUAGUGUUAAAUUUACUUCAGAUUCAGAGGAAUGUGACGCUGUUUCCACCCGAUGUGAUUGCAAGCAUCUUCUCUUCAGCAUGGUGGGUUCCGCCGUGCUGUGGCACAGCAUCAGCUGUGAUUGGGUUAUUAUACCCCUGCAUUGACAGGCAUCUAGGAGAACCGCAUAAGUUUAAAAGAGAGUGGUCCAGUGUGAUGCGGUGCGUAGCCGUCUUUGUUGGUAUAAAUCACGCCAUAAAUCAUAUAGGGACUAAAGUGGAUUUUGAUAACAACAUACAGUUGUCUCUCACACUGGCUGCACUAUCCAUUGGAUUGUGGUGGACUUUUGAUAGAUCUAGAAGUGGUUUUGGCCUUGGAGUAGGAAUUGCUUUCUUGGCAACUCUGGUCACUCAGCUGCUAGUCUAUAAUGGUGUUUAUCAAUAUACAUCUCCAGAUUUUCUCUAUGUUCGUUCUUGGUUACCAUGUAUAUUUUUUGCUGGAGGCAUAACAAUGGGAAACAUUGGUCGACAACUGGCAAUGUAUGAAUGUAAAGUUAUUGCAGAAAAAUCUCAUCAAGAAUGA